CUUUAAACUGCACAGCAGCGCCUUGUAAUGUCUCCAUAAAGACGUUUAAAAAUAAAUAAAGACGUUUCACUCCUAAGCACAAUAAAGACCCCCCUCUGUUUUGUAAUAAGCGUACUGUCGCUGAAGAGCCCGAAUGUGCUGGAGGUCUGGCAUGGCCUCCACGUCACGGGGCCGGUGAGCACGGUGCGGGUGGAGGGUGAGAGAGGGAGAGAGAGGGAGAGAGAGGGAGAGAAGCGAGUGAUGAGAGGAGAUAGGGGACAGAGGUGGCAGCUGACGGAGGGAGAGAUAGAGGGAGAGAGGGGAACGAGGUAACCCGAACAGUUAGGAACAGAGCAAGAGAGAGAGGCGAAGCAGAAAGACUCUCAGAAAAACAGGAGAAUGUUUGACCACCAACCAGCGGCACAGCCUGAGUCUGAGCAGGAGAAGCCCUGCCACUGGGGGCAGGAUCGCAGGGUCCUGCUGGGGCUCACCUGCUCCUCCUUCAUCUCCAUACUGCUGGGACUGGUGGUCUAUUAUCGCAGCCGUUCAAACACGGCUUGCCCAUCAGUGAUGCCCUGGCAAGCCCCGCCGCCCUGCCUCUCCUCUGCCUGCCAGAAGGCCGCAGCGCGACUGUCCACCGCCGCGGAUCCCUUCGCCCAGCCCUGUGACUACUUCCUGGCCAGCUGCGGGGCAGAGGGGCUGGCGGCCACCUCCAGGAGGAGACAGAGAGGCCAGCAGCUCGCCCGGGGAGAGAGGGGUCUGGUGGAGAGGGCGCCGGGCGAGCCAGGGAGAGUGGUGCAUUUGGACAGAGUUACAGAUGCUCUUCCUUACAGUGUAGCAGACAAACAAUCUCUGUUACAAGCACUAAGGGAGAUUUUGGAAUCUCCAGACAGGCCGAGCUCAAUGAACUCAGCAGAGCAGAAAGUGCGAAUGUUCUACCGCAGCUGUAUGAACACGAGUGCAAUAGAAAGAGUUGGGUCAGAACCGGUUCUGAAGCUCAUACGGAAGCUGGGGGGCUGGGCAGUGUCUGGACAGUGGAAUCGAACCAGCUUUAGCAGUACCCUCUCCCGCCUGAUGAGAGAGUACUCCACUUUUCCCUUCUUCAGUGUCUAUGUCGGCAAGCAUCGGAAUGACAGUGACUGUAGUGACAGGAAGUACAUACAGAUAGAUCAACCAGAGUUUCAUAUUCCUGUGGAAUGGGACAGUAAAAAAAAUAAAUCCAAAGUGACACAUCCGACCCUACUUCAGCUCCUCCAUUUACACCUCCAGCUGCUGGGUCUUCUGGGCGUGCCGUCCAGCAGCACUAACCGCCACACGGGCAUGUUCAUGCAGCUGCUCUCUGAGCUGGCCCUGGCCACCUCCCCCCUGCCCCACCGCCUGCAGAGACAGCUGCUGCACCAGCGCCUGACCUUGAGGGAGCUUCAGGCUGCUGCCCCUGCCAUUGAUUGGCUGGGCUGUCUGCGGGCGACUUUUCACCCGCUCCCUGUCAACCAAUCUGAUGUUGUCAUCCUCCACAACCUGCCAUACAUCAUGAGCAUGUCCAAGACCAUCAGCAAAUGGCGCAGUAUGGAAAGUGAUAGGUACAAUGAUGAAAGGUCUAACCUCAGCCCCAAUUAUACUUUUCGGUGCAGAGAGGUGGCCUCUACCCAGUACCCUGCAUCAGUGUAUAACAUGUUUAAUGGCCCACUCCACACCUUUAUGAUCCUCAGCCUCCUACACAAGGUCACACCUGCUUUGAGCUCCAAGUUUAUUGAAAUACAAACAAUUAUGUCUGUCCAGCUCGGAGACACAUUGGAAGCCAUCCCCCACUGGAAGAAGUGUGUUUUGGAGGCAGAGAAAGGAUUUGACACCGUGUUCUUCAGCUUGAUGAAAGAGAGAGUAGGAGAAAAAGAGGCAGAGGAGGUGAUACAAGAUGUGUAUUCCUCCCUGAAGUCCACAUUAUCCAUGCUUAAAUGGAGAGAUGAAGAGUUGCACUCAUCUGUUCUGAACAGGGUUAGUUCACUUACUCCAAGACUUCCAAUUAACAACGCAAAAAUAGACCAACAAUAUUCAGAGGUGGUAGUCAGUGAAGAUGAUUAUUUCUCCAACUAUCUGCAAUCUCUCGCUCUUCAACAGAAGAGAAGAAACAGACUAUUCUCUCAGACAACAGCACUUGAUAUCUUGUCAAACCAUCCAUCCCUUUCCAGUGAGGAGAUAAACAUUCCUUUGGGGCUGUUUGUUCCUCCAUUCUUCCAUCCCUCCUACCCCAGGGCUGUCAACUAUGGAAGAUUGGGAACCUUGAUGGCCCAAAAAAUUCUACUCCUCCUCCUGCCUGACAUCCAGUCCCAGAGUGAGGCCCCACAGAGAGUCAGUGACUGUGUGUGGGCACACUACCUCCGUCUGACUGAGAGCUUGCACGGGACAGACCCUCCCCCACUCACUCCAGCACAGCAGCGAGAGAUAUGGCUUCAGCACACUGCUCUCCACAUCGCGCUGCAGGCCUAUAAUCAGAGUUUGCUCAAGUGCCGCGGUGACAGUUCACUUUCUAGUCUGUCUUACACUCAUCUGUUCCUCACCUCCUUUGCACAGAAUGACUGCAACUCUCAUCCAUCCAAUGAGCACUUGCCCUUUGAGCCUUACUUCCUGGUAACUGUCAUCUGUAUGAACUCCGACCUUUGCCCAAAGCGGAUGAAUUGCUCCCACAAUUUCCACCAAGGCAUCUCACAAAACUGCUGAUGUUCAGCUGAAAAAAUUAUGUCUCCUGUAAAUAUAUACAGGAGGGAGGGACACCAUUAACGUGGUUAAAUAUGCUCAUUAUUCUGGUGGAUCUGAAUCGGACUGAAUGUCUGGAUUAACAGGACAGAACGAUAUUAAUGUCAUCAGUAUAUUUUUAAGGGGCCCAGUGCCAUAUGUUUUCAUGGGCUCAGAAUUCCUGACAGCGUCUCUUAACAUAUCAUGUCUGGGAUAGGUUUCCCUUACAAAAAAAUAGCUGCAGUUCUAACUGUAAUUAUUGCAGUAUUACUGCAGUAUUAUGCACUAUUGUUUUUUUUUUUUAAUAUUUAUAUCAGCAUUACUGCAGUUAUGAUGCAGUUCACUACUUCAUAUGCAAUACUCAUGAAGUAGAACUCUUUUGUACCCCCUGGUGGAAAAUGCAGCUAUGACCAGCUUGAAAUACCAGCUAUCAGCAUAUCAGCAUGUCAACAUAGCUUGAGCUGUUUUUUUCAGCAGGGCUGUAUUCUAACUGCAUUAUGUUGCAUUGUACUUCAGUUAAACUACAGUAUUACUUUGCAGUAGCUGCUGUAAGUUUUUGUAAGGGUUCCUUGAAUGUAUGCCUGCAGCUGUGGUAUGAAUGUGGUAAUGAUGUACCACUCAGUGUUUGUGUGAUUUUUAUGAAUCCUUUAAUGUCUAUGCGCGGUUAUAAGUCUGUUAACAGCUACGAUAUAGUGAUAUACCUAUGCUCUAGUGCAGUAUUAUGAGGCUCAUUUAAACUGUAUGGUAGUCAGAUAUGAGACAGUGUGUGAGUGAGUCCAUUUAGAUAGAAACUGUGAAUGAAAUGAAAUGUUUCUAUAUACCAUAGAUGCCUUAGAUUUGUGAUAGAUAUUAUUAUAAGGUAUUUUAACACCAAUAUGUUUAUUGUCUCUCCUGGUAAGUUUUGUUUUGCUAAGUGUGACCGGGCUGUACAGAAACUGUUGGACUUUGGUCCAUUAAAAUGAUAUAAAAUAUGCAUUUCCAUAAUACAUUUUAUAGUACUGAAAUAAAGCAAAUACUUGUG